GGAGGCCCUUUUCCCAUGGCUUCGAGGCGGCUCUCCAAGUCCCUCCCUUCCGUCUCCGCCCUCGCCGCUCUACGCCAAAACCCGGACCGUAAUCCAAGCCCCAAUCGUGCCGCGCUCUUCGAUCUCUCCUCCGUCUUCGACCCCUCCUCCCCCUCCGCCGUCGCCUCCGCAGUUCAUCUACCGACGCUCUCCCUCUCCGCUGCCAUCGCCCCGUCCCGCCUUGCCCGCUUCUUGGAGUCCCAGCUUCAGCCCUCCUUCACCCCCGCCGAACUCCUCCGCCUCCUGCGCCGCCGCAUCCGCCAUCACCCCGCCUACGCCCCCUACGACCUCCACGUGUUCCUCUGGGCCGCCGGCGUCGACUCCUUCCGCCACGACCACUCAACCUACGAGUGGAUGACGCGCACCCUCGCCGUCACUGACCGGCUCGGUCCCUUGCGUCUCCUCCUUGGGCAUAUGGUCGCCCACCCCUGCCCCUGCGCCGAUGGCAUUUUCGCCUGCCCUCGCCUCGAGCCCACCUUCCGCUUCGCCAUCCACGCCUUCUGCCGCGCCGGCCACCUCAACGAUGCCAUCUCCGCCUUCGAAGACGCCCGGAAGUCCGUCGACGGCCGCCCCAGCACCGCGCUCUACAACGCCCUGAUCAACGGCUUCGCUCGGCAGCGGGAGCAUCAGAAAGCCGUCGACUUGUAUAAGACAAUGCUCAAGGAUCGUGUCAAGCCGGACUCUUUCACCUUCAACAUCUUGAUCAGCAGCUGCCUCCGAUGCUCGGACCUCGAUUCGGCACUGGAUUGGUUCCGAGAGAUGAGGGCGAGGGGAUGCGAGCCGAACGUGGUCAGUUUCAAUACUCUCAUAAAAGGCUUCUUCACGCAGAAGAGAUUUAAAGAGGGAAUUGGGGUUGCUAGGGAGAUGCUUGAUCUGGGUUGUGGGUUUUCGGUUGCUACUUGUGAGAUUCUUCUGAAUGGUCUUUGUAGAGAGGGCAAAACUGAGGAAGCAAGUCAGCUUUUGAUGGAAUUAUUGAAGAAAGGAGCUGUUCCUCAGGGGUUUGAUUGCUUUCAUUUGGUCGAGGCACUGUGUAACAAGAGAAGUUCAGAAAGAGCCUUGGAAGUGGUAUAUUCUUUGUGGAAGGAGGGCAAAUUUUCGAGCAACGUGACCUGCACUACUUUAAUCGAGGGAUUGAGAAGCUCAGGCAAGAUAGAUGAAGCGUAUGGUUUGAUGGAAAGAAUGCUGCAGGAAGGGAUGGUUCCUGACACCAUUACCUGCAACACUCUUUUGGAAACACUUUGUGAUGUUGGAAGGACUUUGGAUGCAAACCGAUUGAGAGUCUUGGCAUCAAAAAAGGGUUUAAAGCCUGACAGUGUGAUGCUCAGCAUACUGGCUCAUGGAUUCUCAAGAGAGGGGAGAAAAAGAGAGGGUGAAUGUGUUGUCAAUGAGAUGCUGGAUGCUGGAUUUAUACCAAACAUUGCAACCUAUAACAAAUUGAUGGAAAGGUUGCAAACCAGAAGGAAACCUCACUCUUCAUAGUGGCAAGACCAAGCAAACCUGAUGCGCUUCAUCACCUGUUAUAGAAAUUCUGAGAUGUGCAAGGCCUUGAAUUGCAGCCUCUUAUUAUUCAAGUUCGUGAUCUGAAAUCACACUGUGAAACAACAUGGAAAUUAAGCUCCUUUUCUUUGUUUGUUGAAAAUAGAUGCCAGCAUUUAUUGUGCAUUGAUAUGCCUGAAUCCAACAUCAUCUUAUUCAAAUUACAAUUAUCACGACUCACAUAAUUAUAAUUGCAUGUAGACCGGCAACAGGUAGGCGGAAGAUGUAAGAUUCAAUUAGUAUGGUUGAUGACGUGAGGGAGGAGAACCAAAUAAUGGAGUCCUAGAAGUUCAAAAACAUAGGAAGGAUAUACUGUAGAUUGAAUUAGUAUGGUUGAAGAUGUGAGGAAAAUAACCAAACAAUGAGUCCUAGAAGUUCGAAAACACAAACUAUGGUAUACUGACACCGUCUGAAGACCUCUACUGUGUGUGCGCGCACGUGCUUGAGUGUGCAUGGUGUGUCUGAGAGUGUCUUGUGCUCGUGUGAGCAUGUGUGUGGGUGUGUGUACGCAUGCGUGCACUCAUGCAUGUACGUGCUUGUUUUUGAAUGCAUGUACGACAGAUAAUAAGAUGGAUUGAUCCUAAACUACUCUUCAGGAUCAAUAAUCAACUGAAGUACUGGAUUUGAGGAACAAGAUGCAGAAAACUUUUGCUAUGGCAAUCUGGUUCAUGUGAAGAAAAUGGUUCUAGCUAUGUAUAUUCAAGUUGGGAUUAGCAUAUGUGCUUAUUUGUUUGCUAUUGGAUUAGCUAGUGAGGCAGUUGAAGACCUAUGGUUGGGACAUUAUGGUUUAUCAUUGUCAGGAAUAGUCUUUUUCCUUCAUUAUGCCUUUUCCAUUAGUUCAUAAUUUCUUUUCCCUGGUGACCCAUGCAGGAUGUACUUUUCCACUUGCAUGUGCCUGUUUUCUUGCUGAUCUGCCUGAACUUCCCUAGUUUUCUU